UGGAGCCUUCCAUCAGAACCAACCUUUCUGAAGGUUUAGCUGUGGGUGAUCAGUCAGGGUGAGGCUGGGAAGAAGUGUGAGUGGUUCCAAGUGUGGUGAGAGUUUCAAUCAUUCAUCAAGCCUCAUGAAUCACUGACUCAUUCCUACAGGGGAGAGGCUGUUCAAGUGUGAGGUGUGAGAGGAGGGCUCUAUCGGCUCAUCAGAUCUCCUCAGAUUUUCUAAGAUCUUAUGUAUCCCCAUCUGUAAGAGAUGGUGAGUUAAAUGGGAAAGAAGUCAUUCAAGUGUGACAUGUGUGACAAAGCCAUUACAAGUUGGCGUCUUUCCUAAUGAGCCAGAUAAUUCACACUGGGGAGAAACCCUUCAGAUGUGAGGUUUGUGAGAAAGCUUUCAGUCAGUCCUCCAAUCUUCUGACACAUCAGAGAAUUCACACUGGGGAGAAACCCUUCAAGUGUGAGGUGUGCAACCAAACCUUCACACAGUCAUCAACGCUUGUGAAUCACUGGCAUAUUCAUACUGGGGAAAAGCCAUUUAAAUGUGAAGUGUGUAAAAAGGGCUUUACACAGUCCUCUGGUCUGGUGAAUCACCGGCAUAUUCAUACAGGAGAGAGACCAUUCACAUGUGAGGUGUGUGACAAAGCAUUCUCACAUUCAUCCCCUUUCCAAAGACACCAACAUAUUCACACUGGGGAAAAACUAUUCAAGUGUGAUGUGUGUGACAAAGCCGUUACAAACUCAUGGACACUCCUAAAUCACCAACACAUCCAUAUCGAGGAAAAGCCAUUCAAAUGUGAAGUGUGUAAUAAAGGUUUUGCACAGUUAUCAAAUCGGGCAUAUCAUCAACAUAUUCACGUAGAUGAGAAACCAUUCACGUGUGAGGUGUGUAACAAAUCAUUCUUGCAUUUGUCUCACUUCAGCAUGCACCAACGCAUUCACACAGGGGAGAAACCAUUCAUGUGUGAGGUGUGCAGCAAAAGCUUUGCUCGGCUGUCAAACCUAGCGUAUCACAGGCGCAUUCACACAGGGGAGAAACCAUUCAGGUGUGAUAUUUGUAACAAGAACUUUGCACGAAUGUCAAUCCUGGUGUAUCACUGGCACAUUCACACAGGGGAGAAACCAUUUUUGUGUGAAGUGUGUAACAAGGGAUUUGUGCGAUUUUCAGACUUGGUCAGUCACCAGCGCAGUCACACAGGGGAGAAACCAUUCAGAUGUGAGGCUUGUAAGAAGGCUUUCACCCAAUUGUCUGAUCUCUUGGAGCACCAGAGGAUUCAUACAGGGGAUAAACCCUUCAAGUGUGAGAUUUGCAAAAAGUCUUUCACCCAUUCGUCUGGUCUCCUGAAACACCAGAGGAGUCACAUGGGAGAAACUCUUCUUGCAUGA